ACAUGUAGCUUAAACGGCGGCGUAUUAUUAGCCCAGCAACUUAUAUUUAUAUUUCAUUCAUUACUGUGAAACAAGCCUCGCUGACUGUAGCUUCGUUCCUUCCCUUUGAGUUACCGACUUUCCUUCUCCACCGUCGCUAGUGUAUCAUAGAACAGAAAUGGCUACACCAUUGAUAACAGGAAUGGCAAUAGCUGCUGCUGCUUACGCGGGCAGAUAUGGAAUCCAGGCUUGGCAGGCAUUCAAGGCAAGACCACCAACAGCUAGGAUGCGCAGAUUCUACGAAGGUGGUUUUCAACCUGUCAUGACGAGGAGGGAAGCAGCUCUAAUACUUGGAAUUAGAGAAAGUACUCCAUCAGAUAAGGUUAAGGAAGCUCAUCGGAGGGUGAUGGUUGCAAACCAUCCAGAUGCUGGUGGUAGCCAUUACCUUGCUUCUAAAAUAAAUGAAGCCAAAGAUAUGUUGCUUGGAAAAGCUAAGGGCAGUGGCUCUGCAUUUUAAUGUCAUUGACUGUGUUCCAUCUCACCAAGGCCAAUUUGUUGCAGCAAAGGUGUCAGAUUACACUAAUACUGCAAAUGCUCAAACCAAAUUCUUGAAAAGAAACAUUACAAUUAGAAAUUCAGGGUCUUUGUUCAAUUGAUUGUUUGAAUCCAUAGAUGUAACAGUAACUGAGUAACACCAAUUGGAAAGUCUAAUGUUAUUUCUUUUACAGUGUGUAAACUAAAGAGGGUUGGUUCCUUCCUGAUUAUAACUUACCUUUUCCUCCCUUCACUAGAA